CUCUACCUCCUGCCCUCCUCUCUGAGGCUCCAGGCUGCCUGUUUCUACACAGGGAGAGAUUCCAGCUGGUUGGACCUAAAUCUUUCCACUCGAUUCUGUGCUGGUGCAAAGAGCAUUCCCACCUGGAGCUGUAGGGGAAACCUGUUUACAGGUGUGAUGCCUUGCCCGCCGCAAUCGGAUGAGCUGGUGUUCUUCGUGAACGGGAGGAAGGUGAUAGAAAGGAAUGUGGACCCUGAAGGGACUCUGCUGACCUUCCUACGAAAGAACUUACGUCUCACAGGAACCAAGUACGCCUGCGGCAGAGGAGGCUGCGGCGCCUGCACCGUGAUGGUGUCCAAGAAUGACCCCGUGUCCAAGAAGAUAAGACACUUCUCUGUCACUGCGUGCCUGGUGCCCAUCUGCUCUCUGUAUGGAGCUGCUGUCACCACGGUGGAAGGUAUUGGAAGCAUCAAAACCAGGCUUCACCCCGUACAGGAGCGGAUCGCCAAGAGCCACGGCACCCAGUGUGGCUUCUGCACCCCCGGGAUGGUGAUGUCCAUGUACACGCUACUCAGGAACCACCCGCAGCCCUCAGAGGAGCAGCUCAUGGAAGCCCUGGGGGGUAACCUGUGCCGCUGCACUGGGUAUCGGCCAAUCCUCGAGAGUGGAAGGACCUUCUGCACGGAGUCGGAUGGCUGUCAACAGAAGGGAACAGGGAAGUGCUGCUUGGAUCGGGGAGAAAAUGCUGCUUCCCCACGUGGCCGGGAAAAUGACAUUUGCACGAAGUUAUUUGCGAAAGAGGAAUUCCAGCCGUUGGACCCUACCCAGGAGCUCGUAUUUCCUCCAGAACUCUUGAGGAUGGCAGAGAACCCGGAAAAACGAACGCUGACCUUUUAUGGAGAGAGAGUUACCUGGAUCUCCCCUGGGACCCUCAAGGAUCUGCUGGAGCUGAAGGUGAAACACCCUGAAGCCCCUCUCAUCCUGGGCAACACCUCCCUGGGACCUGCAAUGAAAUCUCAAGGACGAUUUCACCCAAUUCUCCUCUGUCCUGCCCGGAUCUCUGAGCUGACCAUGGUGACUAAAACAAGUGAAGGACUGACCAUAGGUGCUGGCUGCAGCCUGGCCCAGGUGAAGGACAUCUUGGCUGAGAGGCUAUCCGAGCUGCCAGAGGAAAAAACUCAGACGUACCGAGCCCUCCUGAAGCACCUGAAGAGUCUGGCAGGCCCGCAGAUCCGGAAUACGGCAUCCUUAGGGGGACAUAUCAUAAGCCGGCACAGCUACUCGGACCUCAAUCCAAUCCUUGCUGUGGGCAGUGCCACCCUCAAUCUCAUCUCAGCAGAAGGCACGCGGCAGAUUCCUCUAGACGAGUCUUUUCUUGCUGGCUUGGCAAGUGCGGACCUUAAGCCAGAGGAAAUUUUGGAAUCUGUGCACAUCCCUCACUCUCGAAAGUGGGAGUUUGUGUCAGCCUUCCGGCAGGCUCAGUGCCAACAGAGUGCCCUGGCCCACGUGAGUGCUGGCAUGCGAGUCCUUUUCAAAGAGGGCACAGACAGCAUUGAGGCCCUGAGCGUCGCCUACGGGGGCGUCGCUGCUGCCACUGUCAGCCUGCAGAAGUCCUGCCAGCAGCUCCUCGGGAGGCACUGGAACGAGCCGAUGCUGGAUGAGGCUUGCAGGCUGCUGCUGGAUGAGGUUUCCCUCCCAGGCUCAGCUCCUGGUGGCCAGGUGGAAUUCAAGAGGACCCUAGUAGUCAGCUUCCUCUUCAAAUUCUACCUAGAGGUUUUGCAGGAACUGAAGAAGCUAGUGAAGCUAUUCUCUGUGCCUGACAGCCGGUGUCUCCCUGACAUUUCAGACCGAUUCCUAAGCGCUAUAGAAGAUUUCCCAGUCACAAUACCCCAGGGAGUCCAAACGUACCAGAGUGUGGAUCCUCAGCAACCUCCCCAAGAUCCAGUUGGACGCCCCAUAAUGCACCUGUCAGGUCUGAAACAUGCCACCGGAGAAGCCGUAUUCUGCGAUGACAUCCCCGUGGUGGAUAAAGAACUUUUCAUGGUUUUGGUGACCAGUAGCAGGGCUCAUGCAAAAAUCAUAUCAAUUGACUUCUCUGAGGCCCUGGAACUGCCCGGGGUGGUUGAUGUGAUAACAGCUGAAGACGUUCCAGGCACCAAUGGUGCCGAAGAUGACAAACUGCUGGCUGUAGAUGAGGUACUUUGCGUGGGCCAGAUCGUCUGUGCUGUGGUUGCAGAGACAGAUGUACAAGCAAAGAGAGCAGUUGAAAAGAUAAAGAUCACCUAUGAAGACCUGGAGCCCGUAAUCUUCACUAUCCAGGAUGCUAUAAAACACAAUUCAUUCCUAUGCCCUGAAAAAAAACUUGAACAAGGAAACAUCGAGGAGGCAUUUGAAAAAGUCGACCAAAUUGUGGAAGGAGAGGUCCAUGUUGGAGGACAGGAACAUUUUUACAUGGAAACACAGAGAGUGCUUGUUAUUCCAAAGACGGAGGACAAAGAACUGGACAUUGUUGUGUCGACACAGGAUCCAGCCCAUGUGCAGAAAACAGUGUCCUCUACUUUAAACAUCCCCCUCAACAGGAUCACCUGUCAUGUAAAACGAGUGGGUGGAGGAUUUGGAGGGAAGGUAGGAAGGCCAGCUGUAUUCGGGGCAAUUGCAGCUGUGGGUGCUGUCAAAACUGGUCGUCCCAUUCGUCUUGUUCUUGAUCGUGAAGAUGAUAUGUUAAUAACUGGGGGAAGACACCCAUUAUUUGGAAAAUAUAAAGUGGGAUUCACGAACAACGGGCGAAUCAAAGCUCUGGACAUCGAGUGCUACAUUAACGGAGGAUGCACACUGGAUGACUCGGAGCUGGUAACAGAAUUUCUUAUACUAAAGCUAGAAAAUGCAUAUAAAAUCCGCAACCUCAGGUUCCGGGGCCGUGCAUGCAUGACGAAUUUACCAUCCAAUACUGCCUUUCGCGGGUUUGGCUUCCCACAAGGAACCCUGGUAACAGAGUCUUGCAUCACAGCUGUGGCAGCCAAAUGUGGCCUCCCGCCAGAAAAGAUUAGGGAGAAAAACAUGUACAAAACAGUUGAUAAAACUAUCUACAAACAAGCAUUCAGCCCUGAGACCCUGAUAAGGUGCUGGAACGAAUGUCUGGACAAGUCUUCCUUCCACAGCAGAAGAAUACAAGUGGAAGAGUUCAAUAAGAAGAAUUAUUGGAAGAAGAAAGGCAUUGCUAUUAUCCCCAUGAAAUUUUCAGUAGGCUUUGCCGCCACAAGCUACCAUCAGGCAGCUGCACUUGUUCACAUCUACACAGACGGGUCUGUGUUGGUCACGCAUGGAGGCAACGAACUGGGACAAGGCAUUCACACCAAAAUGCUACAGGUGGCCAGCCGUGAAUUAAAAAUACCCAUGUCCUAUAUGCACAUCUGUGAAACAAGCACAGCAACAGUGCCGAAUACAAUUGCGACAGCAGCGUCCAUCGGUGCAGAUGUCAACGGCAGAGCUGUGCAGAAUGCUUGUCAGAUCCUUCUGAAACGCCUUGAGCCCAUCAUUAAGAAAAAUCCGGAAGGUACAUGGGAGGACUGGAUAGAAGCUGCAUUUGAACAAAGAAUCAGUCUCUCAGCCACUGGAUACUUCAGGGGCUACAAAGCCUUCAUGGACUGGGACAGGGGAGAGGGAGACCCGUUUCCGUACUAUGUCUAUGGAGCCGCCUGUUCCGAGGUUGAAAUUGACUGCCUGACAGGGGCUCACAAGAAAAUCAGAACGGACAUCGUCAUGGAUGCAUGUUGCAGCCUAAAUCCGGCCAUCGAUAUCGGGCAGAUCGAAGGAUCGUUUAUUCAGGGAAUGGGCCUUUAUACCACUGAAGAACUGAAAUAUUCCCCAGAAGGUGUCCUGUAUUCUCGGAGCCCAGAUGAGUACAAAAUUCCAGCCAUCACUGACGUCCCGGAGGAGUUCAAUGUCUCCUUGUUGCCGUCAUCACAAACCCCACUAACCAUCUAUUCAUCUAAGGGUCUUGGGGAGUCUGGGAUGUUCCUGGGGUCAUCUGUGUUCUUUGCCAUCGCUGAUGCUGUGGCCACAGUACGCACAGAAAGAGACAUAGCGGAGGACUUCACAGUGCAGAGCCCAGCAACGCCAGAAUGGGUUCGAAUGGCUUGUGCAGAUCGGUUCACAGAAAUGAUCCCAAGAGAUGACCCUAAGACAUUUAAACCUUGGUCUAUCCCUAUAGCAUAAUACUGCUGUCAUUUCCUAAAAGGUGUUUCAGUUUCUCACAAGUUAAAAAAAAAUGUCAUGUUCCAGUCUAUCCCUGGAUCUAAGGCCAAAAAAAGGUGGCUCGUUAAUCUUAACUGAACUCCAAACUGAUAUUCUUAUACUAUUGUGGUGGGAAAAAAGACAUGAAAUUUAGAAGCAUUAUCCACAUCUGAGCACAUUAACAAGAUGAAUCAUUAUUUACAAAUUAUUUACUUAGACUUUUCAGGCUAGAGGCCACCAGGAAAGCACUGCAGUAACCACAGCAAGCAAGUUUAAUACUGAUGUGUUUCCAAAAAGAUCGUGUAAAUGUUGCUGUAGAAGCAAUUUUUUUCCUUUCUGUGUCCAUCCAAUCUAACUGGACUGGUAAUACAGGUUACAAUCACAUAACGAAAGACACUUCUCCGUACACAAACAUCUGAUGACUUUUCCCAGUAAUGUAUUUGAUUCAAUAGCCACAGAGCAGUGACACCACAAGAGUUCUGCAAGUUUUUGUUUUGUUUUUGUCAUGGAUUGACAGCAAAGGAGUGGUAUUUUCCUCAUGUAGAUCUGUUAUUCAACUGACUAACAUUCUUUUGGAAUUUGGAGGGGGGAAAAGCAAUGUAAAAAAAUUUCAAUGUAUUAUUCCCCAAACCCACUGUUUUUACUUUAUUUCUUUUUAAUUUCUUGAUGAAAAACAUCCCAUCUGGUAUCAAAGUUUCAGAAAUACUGCAUGGCUCAAUUUCCCAUACAUUGACGUGCAUAACACAUAGCAAAAGAAUUAUAAAUUGUAAUCACCCCUACCUUAUGGCUUAAAAUCUACAAGAUCCACCAAAUUCCACUGAUCUGUGUUUAAGGGGCCUUCAGAGGAAGAAAAACCAGCAUAUAAACUAGGCCUUAUUUGACCAGAAAGUCAGGGGGUAACCUGACCCUCUCCUAGGCGGAAUUGACGUCCUGAGGCUCACCAAGCCCUGGUUUGCAGUGACUCCCGCAGUGGCUGAAGACGGUGAGGCAGAGCUGAGAACGCUGGUGACUGGGGAGCAAAGGUACACAGUGAGGCACACGGCACAGCCUGGAGGAGGCUGAAGGUCGCUCAGGGCGUGGGCACAUGUGCGUGAAGGGCUGGGGCACAGCUGUCCACAGGGCCAUCUGCUGACUGUGGAGGCUCCCCUAGGCCACAGCAGCCCAAGGCAUGAAGUGGGACAGGAGCAGAAAGGUCAUGGGCAGGACAAAAAUUAUGAAAGAUACACGAGCAGAAGAGCUGGGAAAACUUGGAGUGGCUGGGAUGAAAUAAAUUUAAAGUAUUUUUUGUUAAUUUUUAUUCUUUUGAAAAUAAAAUCCUUAAUCUAAUAAGAAUGUGAGAAAUUUGUUUUAUCACAUGUAUUAUUUUAAAUGAUGGUAAAUAUAAUUUGUAUUUUUUUAAUUUGGUCUAUUAGAGCUAAGGAUGGUUACUGGGCAUUUAAUUUCCAUUUGUCAUGUUUAAAAACUAUAAAGCAUUAAAAAUAGAGUGGUUUGAAUAAAAAUUAUUUCUGUGGGUUGAGGCACUAAAAUCUGG